AUGAAUGCAUAUGCUGAUGCUGGCACUGUAAAUCAAAACUAUGCAAGUAUUCUACUGAUGCUUUUGCGCCUUCGUCAGGCUUGUGACCACCCUUUACUUGUUAAAGGAUUCGAUUCUGAAUCUGUUGGACGAUUUUCUUCAGAAGUGGUGAAGAAGCUUCCUAGGGAUAUCGUGAUCAAUUUGUUAAGUCUAUUGGAAUCUUCCUUGGCCAUCUGUCAUGUGUGCAGAGUAAGUGUUCCUUUACCUUGA